AUUUAACUGAAGACUUAAAUUCUCCAGAGGAAAAACUAAAAAUUCCAGUCAUUUCUAGUGUGAUCGUUUCUUUUAUACUUUGCAAGUUAAACAUAUAUUUAAUUUAUUCUGUUCAUUAUAAUCCAAAAGUAUUUAUGUUACAAUCAUUUUUUGCUACAGAUGUUUUGAUUAAUGCUGCCUAUAUAAUGGUAGUUCCAUUUAGUGAAGUUAUCAACCCUUCUGAUAUUAUUGCUAUUAAUUUUGGACGUAAAUUAUGGGGUGAGCCUGGAAAAAUAAUUAUUUCAAUACUUAUCUCACUUUCCGCCUUUGGAUGUGUGGAUUCAAUUGUUUUUAUGGGUGCUCGAGCUAUAGUAUACGCUGCUAAAAAUGGAUUUAUAUCCGAAAAGUUAUCUCAUAAAAAACAUGAUGCCCCAUUUUAUGCUUUACUC